AUGACUAAAAAGAAGAAGCGACAGAACCCCGAAAUCGACGAGCUGCUGGCGCGUCCAUGGUGCUACUACUGCGAGCGCGACUUCGACGACCUGAAGAUUCUAAUCCACCAUCAAAAGGCGAAGCACUUCAAGUGUGAACGAUGCGCGAGGAGGUUAAAUACCGCCGGCGGUCUGCGCGUGCACAUGGAACAGGUUCACAAGGAGACGCUCGAGCAGGUCGAGAAUGCGCUGCCCGGUCGCGAAUCGAUCGACUUGGAGAUCUUCGGCACCGAGGGUAUUCCCGAGUCCGAGGUCGCUGCGCACAACCAACGCAUCAUGGCCGACUACGCACAGAAGGAGGCCGAUCGGAGGGCGGCUUCGGGACAAUCCAACGGGCCAAAGAAACCAAAGAUCGAUAUCUCGAAGGAACUCGAUCCGGAAGAAAUCAAGCGGAAACUCGAGGCGCAUAAGAAGGCGAUGGCCUCAGGGGGUGCAACGCCUGUUACGCCGGUUGGUGCCAGUAUGAGUCCUGGUAGAAGUCAGAGUCCUGGGGGAUUUGACGCUCAUGCUUCUCCACAGGUGGCGCCGCCGCAAAUUGCUUAUCCGCAGGUUACCAGUCCUCCGUUCCAGCAGGGCCAGUUCGGGAUGCCGCAGCCUAAUGCGUUUCAACCACCGCCGAACGCGUUCCAGCAGCCCCCGAAUGCAUUCCAGCCUCCGCAAGCGAACGCGUUCCAGCCCCAGCCAUACGGUCAGCAGCCUCCCCCCAAUGCCUACUCCGCCCCUCCAUACGCACAGCCUUACCAGCAGCAACCGCAACAGCCUCCCGCUCCAUUUGGCCGUGGUGGCCCUCAGCCGCCGUACAAUGGUUAUCAGCAACCGUCUGCUGCCUAUGGUGCGCCGCCGUUCAAUAACCCUCCUCACAACCAGUUCCAGCAAGGACCUCCUCCUCACAUGCAGCAGCGUCACCAACCACCACCGUCACUCCCGCUACCACACCAGAUCCCUGGAUUGCCGCCAAAACCAAACGUUGCGGGGCUGCCACCACGACCUGCGUUCACGAACCCUGCCGGUGGCUUCGGUCGAGGCCAUGCAUCCGGGCCACCACCUGGACAAUGGAGUCCGCCUGUCCCGCAGCAGCAGCAGCACCAUGACUUCAGUCAACAAGGGGCACCUCCGUAUGCCCAGAGUCAGCCUCAGCAGUUUAGCGCUGGUUACAGUCAUUCCCACCAACAACCACCACACCAGCCCUACGGCGGAUUUUCGUCCAGACCUGGCCCGGCCAAUGCUACACCGUUAGGACCACAGCACGUAUUGCCGCCAAGAACGGAAGUUCAACCAGUCUCUGACGCGGCAUCCGGUAUCCCAAUACAGCCUACACCCGAAACGCCUGCCGAGAAGAAGGAAGAUGUACCAGUCGUUAAGCCUAAACGUGAAACGAAGCUGGUUUACGGUGAUAACGACGUUAGCCCGGAAGAGAAACGAGCGUCACUCGCCCGCUACCAAGUCGCACCGAGCGCCUCCGCCACGGUUACAACCUCGGCUUAA